UGUCAGCGCCUCCGAUGGCAGUGUUUUUGAGAAACAGCCGGUCGUCGCGCCUCCAUCGUCAACCGAGGUGGCAUUGGAAGGAGGAGAGCCCGAUAAUGAUGCGGUCACUGGCAAUGGCCGACUUACCGACAUCAGGUCUCACAUGUUCGCGCUGGUCAUUGCCAUCGACAGAUACAGGUCGGACAGGAUAGAGGACCUAGCAGGUUGCGAGAACGACGCCAAGAACAUCAUAGGCUACCUCACCGGAAACCUCGGGGUGCCGCCAGCUCACAUCAAAUUCCUUCGCAACGAAGAAGCUACGCGCGAGGCGAUCCUAGCAGCAUUCCAGAGCCAUCUGCUGGAAAAUCCAGAGAUCCAGAACGGAGACGCUAUCGUCUUCUACUAUGCUGGACAUGGCAGUCGAGUUGAAUCACCACGUGAAUGGCUCGUGCCAGACGGGAAUAUGAUCGAGACCAUAUGUCCUCACGACGAAAGCACCGAGGAUGUCACAGGGAACGUUGUGUGCGGCAUCCCAGACCGCACGUUCAGCGCAUUAAUGCGACGUUUGGCACACCAAAAGGGUGAUAAUAUCACUGCAAUAUUCGAUUCCUGCCACUCUGGAGGAAUGUCAAGAAAUAACAUGCGAGCACGCACCAUCCCGACGAAAGUCUCGGCGUCGCCCCCUCCCGCAGACUUGGACAAGGAUAUCUGGACUUGGGGCCUGAAUGCUCGCGCAGCAACCACCGCCGUGCCUUUGGGAUUCCAAUAUAAAGCGAUGGCAUCUCACGUCAUGCUCGCAGCAUGCCGUUCGAGCGAGCUGGCACUCGAGGCCUCCGCCGAGGCAGAACCGUGCGGUGCCUUCACGACAGCUCUGGUGAAGGCAUUGAGAGAGUGUUCUCUUCUGCAUACGAGCUAUGUGCGCCUGAUGGAGAUGUUGCCGAAUCUCAUCUUCCAGAAUCCGCAAUGCGAGGGUACGAACAAAGAUAGGAUCUUAUUCAAUGCAACCGCUGUGCUCGAUCAGUCGCGAACAUUCAAGAUAUACACGGAAGACGGCAUGUCGUAUGUCGCAGCUGGCGCCAUCCAUGGGGUGGUGGAAGGGACCCAGUUUCUCUUGCAAAGCCCGCAGCGCGCAUCAGCCUUCAAGCCGAAGCAGAUUGAUAAGACCAUCCUGGUCGCGACACACGUCCAUUCGUUGCGUUCCGUCAUCGCACCCGAGGAUGCUAGUAUCCAAUUCGAAGCCAGAGCUGGAAUGCGCGUGAUUGUGCUUGACUGGAAUAUAUGCAAGAUGAACGUGCGCUUCCACUGGCCUGCGGGGACGUUGUAUGCAAGCACUGCCCCAUCCGUGCCCAGCGACCUUACCAUCCAUUGCCAUGAGCGCGGAAAUUGGCAGUUGGAGAGGCGCGACCCACUCACGCAGAGGCUUCCCAACAGCAUCAUCGAAAUUCGACGCGACCACCCGCGGCUCUCGGAGACUCUUGACGCUAUUGCGUACUACAACCAUCAUCUUUAUCGGUUGAACAAGUCUCGGCCGAUUCAUACUGAAGUGGAGAUCCAGCUGCAUCAGUUGGAGCGGAAAGAGGAGGAUGGCCACAUUGCUCUCUAUCUGCCUGCAGGACCAGACUUCCUUGACGUGAAAGAAGACCCUGUGGUGUGUAACAAAGGGACAUCGUAUGAGAUAGCGGACGUUAAGGAAGCAUUAAUAACUGACAUGAGCACAUUUUAUGGGGUUACGUUGGUCAAUAGGUCGAAACACGAUCUCUACCCGUACGUGUUUUAUUUCGACCCGAGCGAUUAUAGCAUCCAGGUGUGGUAUAUACCGCCGUCCGCCACCAUGUUAGCGCCACUGCCCCGGGCUAAAAAUGGCGAACCAUCGAAGUUCCCCAUCGGCUAUGGUGCCUCUGGUUCGGACAGCAUACAGUUCUCUCUUCCACAUAACCUGUCGAUGGAUUCGGGAUUCCUGAAGGUCUUCUUAUCAGCGGCGUAUGUGGACAUGGGCAUUAUCCAGCAGACAUCUCCGCUCACCGAAUUCGGUCGCCGGGCGAGAGCGGAAACAAUACCGUUUGACCACAUAUGGGAUGCGUGGAUCUAUGUUCUCACUUGUAACAAAGCGGGGAACAAGACUGAAGCCAAACCUACAUGAGCCGGGUUGCGUUAUGGACCUGAGUUGCUGUCGUGACCAUGAUGCGAUGGACCGCUGUUCGCUUUCAAGUUCCACCCCCCGCUCUAUUUCCGCGCAUGUGUGCGUGCUGUUCGGUGCCCAGCCGAAUUGUGCAUGGACAAAAGUGUAGUCAUCUCCGUAUUUAUAUAGGAAGAAGGCUUCGCAGGCGAUAUUAUUCUGUCGUGCAUUAUUUAGCCUGCCUCCUUGUACUACUACAUUUUGCGUCUUCUCACCAAUGGUUCUGCUGGACUAGAUUAUACUACUGGAAGACGUCGCGCCUUCUUCGCCGCUCUCAUUAUAUGAAUUCCAUGGGAGCAGCGAAGACUAGCAAUGAGUCGUACCUGCCGUUUAAAAAGAUGAGGCCGCUUGAAGGUGACUAAAACGCUCUCUUAGAACAUGACUAGAUAUUGGGAUUGGAUGUAGUACACCUUUG